GAUCAGUCGGUCAGUCAUUAAUUGGCACUAAUCUAAUUUGAUAUUCAUUUAAAAAAUAAUAAUAAAGAAAAAAAAAUCAUCCAUCUACCACUAGCAACAACAUCACUUGGAUCGCCCGAUUUUCAAUGACGACGACAAAAUUAUGAGUUCGAUUUAUUUACAAACACCAAUCGACAGUGGUGGUAGUGGUGGUGGCAACAGUUUAUCUAUUUCGUGUAUGGAAGAUGUUCAACCAUCAUAUGUCCAUGAUGUAGUCGACGAUACAGAAUUGAUAUUGACAAACAACACCGGUCACCAUCAUAAUCAUAGUCCGACGAUGUUAACACUUUAUCCAUAUGGCAAUUUUAAUGAUUUGGCUCCAAUGGUUAACAAUAGUGGUUCACGUGAGGAAAAUUCUAGCCUUUUAACCGGAUGUACAGAAUCGUCAAUCAAUAUCGAGCAAGAGCAAACAACGACAAGGACUUUAUCAUCAUCGUCAUCACUUUGGCUUCCGCAUGAAUGGCAAUCACGACAUUUAUCCAGCAGCACUUUGAUGAAUCGAUGUUAUCAAAUGGAUGAGUGGCAAUUACCCUCAUCAUCAUCAUCAUCAUCCACAUCGAUGAAUCCGGCAGCUCAAGUUGCAUCUAAUCACAUGGUCGGCGCCAUAAUCGAUACGACCAACACAAAUUAUCUAUUGGAUCCAUUCAAUACUCAACAGACAGAUAUCAAUACAACUAUAUUAUAUGAAGAUAAUGGUAAUGGUGGUAAAGAAAAUGUGACAAAUAUUGAUAAUGCUGCAGACAACAACAACAGUAAUGGCAACGAUCACUAUGGCCACCAGCACCAUAAUCAUCAUCAGGUAUCAUCUUCUUCAUCAUCAAAUGGAUCAUUGUCGUCCUCAUCGUGUUCAUCAUCAUCGUCCUCGCCACCAUCAUCAACAUCAUCAUCGGCAUCAUCAUUAAUGAUCGACAUCCGAUUGAUCAGACCGGUGGUGAAAAAUUUAUCUGAUGAAAACGAUCGAUCAAUUGAAGAUACAACAGCAGUAACCGAAUCCAUGUCGUAUGUGACAUCAACAACGACAUAUGAAUCAACAACGUCGACGACUACGGCCACUGUAGCAACCAAUGAUAGUGAUAGUGGCGUCCAUACGAAUCAAGCUUCGUUGGAUAACCAUCAUCAUCAGCAUCAACAACAUCCAUAUGAUGGCCAACAACCACCGCAACAACAUCAUCAUUCUGGAUCCUAUCUAUCCGUGAAUAAUCAUAGUCGGGCAAUCUAUAACAUCUAUAAUAAUCAUAAUAAUGAUAAUAAUGAUGAUGUUGAUCCAUUAUCCAAUGGUUCAAUGUCAUUUCAUAAUAAUUUCAUUCCAACAACAACAACAACAACAACAACAUCAACAACUGAAAUGUAUCGUGGCCAAGCAAUUGUAGUCGGUAGUGAUCAUCAUCAAGAGCAGAAUUCAUUUAGCUAUGCCGAUAUCACUGUACCCGAUGAUACAUUAUUCCUAAAUCUAGUGGAUCAUUCAAAAUCGAACGCACCACCACCAACAUCCACAUCAUCAAUGACCACAACAACAAACGAAAGUCCAACCAUGAAUGAAAUGAAUUCACAGCAACAGCAGCAGCAGCAACAGCAACAGCAACAACAACAAUGGCAGGAUAUUCAUUAUUCACAGCAUCCAACAAAAGGACACAAUCGUCGAUCACCAUAUCAAAUGGUAACUACAUCGAAUGGAACGAGUAGUGAUAAAUCACCACCAUCUAAUCAUUCACGAAUAAACCAUUCAAUCACAUCUCCACUGAUUCCAACAACAUCGACAACAUCGACAAUCGCUACGACAACGACGAUCACUACAAAUAAUAACAAUAACAACAAUGUCGGAAAUAAAAAGAAAAAGACCAGAACGACAUUCACAUCAUAUCAACUUGAUGAAUUGGAACGUGCAUUUCAAUGUGCACCAUAUCCAGAUGUAUUUGCUCGUGAAGAAUUGGCCAAUCGUUUAAAGCUAAGUGAAUCACGUGUUCAAGUUUGGUUUCAGAAUCGUAGAGCAAAAUGGCGGAAACGUGAACCACCAAGAAAAUCAUUUCUAAAUUCGAAUUUUUUUGCCAAAAAUCAUCCUCUGAUGGCCAUUAGUCAUCAUUCACAUCCUCACCGCCAUAACCAGCAUCCCCAUCAUCCGCUCAAUACAUCAGGCUUGGUUGCAAUGGCUACAACAAACAUUACAUCAUCAUCGCCAUCGCCAUCAUCAGGUCAUUCAUCUAGUUUGAUGUUUGGUUCGAAUGUCAAUGGUACAGCAGCAGCAAUCAUGUCGAAUUCAUCAUCAACAACUAGUCCACAUCAUUAUCCAAGUGGUGCUUAUGUAUCACCAACGAAUGUAAUCGGAUCGACACUGGUCCCAAUUGUUGGAUCAAGUUCCUCUCCGCAACAAGCGGCAACAGCAGCAGCGACAACGAGCAUAAUGACAUCUUCAUCGUCGAAUCCAAUGUUUACUACGAUCAAUGAUAACGUGUCAUCGAAUCAUCAUUGGUCCGGUUGGCCAACAACAACAUCAUUCAUCCCCGAUCAUUAUGGCCAACAACAAUUAUCCAAUAUAAAUGGUACAACUAGUCCAACAUCGAUAGGUUCCUUUUAUCAUCAGAACAACCCAAUUACCAUACCUCAACCAUACGGUAGCCAUGGAUAUUAUCCAACAAAUGUCUAUAACCAAUCAUCCGGUAAUCAUCACCAUCUCUAUGAAACACCAUGUUCGUUAUUGAUGGAUAAAUCGACAACAACAUCAACAACAACGGGACAACAUGAAUCGUUAACAUUCGAUACGACAUCAUCAUCUCCAAUGCACAGUCCAAAUACAAUUCAAUCGAUCAAAACGGAAUCAAAAUCUCCAUCUAUCAUUGAAUCAAAACAAUUAUCAUCACCAUUGUCGUCAUAUACAGCUAUGAAUGCACAACAACCAGAAACGGAUGCACAUAAAUCAGAAUAAUCAUAGUCAUCAUACACAUUGUACAUAGAAAAUAUUAUAUUACAUACACAUUGCACAUGACGCCAGCAACCAAACACCCACCCACCCACCACCAACAACAUGGAGCUCACCACAGAAUGCCUUGAUUCUUAUAAAUAUUUCUAGCUAUGCAACUAUGCAACUAGGCAAUAUCUAUCUAAUCAAUAUCAUUAUCAUCAUUUAACAUGUAUCAAUCACAUCAUCAUUGAAAUUAAUUAAUUAU